UUUUCUGUCCCUAAUAGAUGCGAAAAAAAAAUUGUGAAGAGAAACUGUGCUUCGUACACGUCUAUUUAAAAGUAAACCGAAAGGCAUCCCUAAAAAAUAAUUUUGUCUCUGAAUAUUUCUUUUUUUUUGUAUUUAAUAGUAUAAUAGUUAUUUUUCUACACUUCCUUUCCGCAUCCCUUGUCCUCGCAGCUAUUAUUUUUUGUAUUACCUUGUACUUGUUGAUCCCUUUUUAAUAUUCUAUGACACGGUCCAACAGCAGCAUCGAAUAGGUACCGGUACGCGGCUUUCCCACCCACCCUCCAUAUUGCAUAUUUCGUACGCAACCCAGAAAUACUAGCGAAUUCCAAAUUUACAAAAAAAAAGUAGAGAAAAAAUCACUUCUUUUUCAUGUUUGAUUUUUCUCAGACUCCCCCGUCAGUGACGCUAUCACGAAUGGCCGCACUCAUCGAAAACAUAGCCAACGCCAACCAAAAUUUUCUAGGUGCAACAAUGAGCGACGUCACACCCUUCCAUUGUCGGGCAAUACCCAGAAUACCAGUACAUGCCUAUCUGACGCGAGUUCAGGAAUUCCUAUGUCUGGGAAACGACUGCUUGUUGGCGACCCUCGUGUGCGUGGACCGCAUUAGCAGGGCACAAAUGCUUCGACCGGCACUAGCCGUUUCACCCAUGAAUAUUCACCGACUGCUUAUAUCAGCUAUUGUUGUUGCUCACAAAUUCAACUCUGACGUGUUUUUCAACAAUGCUCGAUACGCAAAGGUUGGCGGACUUCCACUGGCAGAGAUGAACCAGCUCGAGCUGGAGUUUUUGUUUCUAAUAAAAUUCGAGCUAAAGGUUGACGAUAGCGAGCUGGAGCUAAUAGGCGAGUGGCUAAUGACAGAGUCCCAGAUACAGUACCGAGCAGUGCAUGAUACAAUAUGCGUUCUCGAUGCCUAUUAUGAAUCGAAAGCGGCAAUUUUACCAAACAUCAGCAACUACCAUCUGCAGUACCCGACUCCAUCAAUGGACCCGGCCGCGGGCGCGCCGGUCCCGCCGAUGCAACUGAAUGCCCACGAGGGAUACCCGAUUCCACAGGCGAGCCGCAAAAUGCAGGAAUCAACUAUGUCCUCUGAGGGCACGAGCAUGAGUAAUUAUCAGGAUUUGAUCACACCAUCGAGCCUUGGUACGAUUGUGACGACACCCGCUUGCCGCGAUGUGUGCGACGAGCAGGGUGGGUCGUGGCGAGAGUCGAUGGCAAUGCCGGUGUCGCCCGAAAACGACGUAGUGAACAACUCGCUCGGCGGCAUGACACGAGGGGAGAUGAUGCAAACAGGCGACUUGUUUAUCGGGAACGCCCCUGUGUUAGCGUCAUCUGCUGUUGCUUUAGGAACAAGACCCUUGUGUCGCGGAAACAACGGCUAGGGCACUGUAAUUCUUUCUUUUUUUGGUAUUUUUUUAAAAGCUGCGAG